AUGGGGCCUUCCACAGGCACCGAACCCACCUCGACGAUUAAAUGGCGCCUCCUUAUCCAUCGUACCGGGGCCUUCUACCUAUACGAGGUAUCUCUCCUUGCCACUGAUCGUGGCCCCGAUGUCGUGGAGAGACUUUUCCGGGGGUACCGGCGCGCCGAGUCUUUGCUGGCGAUGUUCGUCCCAUUCUUGAUACCCACGUUAUAUAUGGCUAAACUGGCUCCGGUGACUAUUGAAACCCUCGCCAGCUUCCCCUGUCUGGUCAAUGUCGACACCCAACCCUACUCACACCCGUUAACCACAGCACUCCCGCACCCAACCUAUCUUCCAGCAACGCCGCUCUUCUUGCCUUCCUAUGCCCGCUUUGCUGUCAUCCCCGAGCCUCCUGACAACACCAUCUCCCGCGACGCCAUCCUGGUAAAAGUACGGCUCAGCAAGCUUGCCCUCCUAGUUUUCCUAACUCUUACUUUCGCCGCAUCGGUCAUUAUCGGUGUCGUCGCCGGGGUCGUGCGACACAGUCUAGAUUUAGGGUUCGGGGUUUUCGGUGCCAUCGUUACUGUGGUGGGGCUUGUUGAGGGCUAUGCAACGUGGAGAUUGAGCUGA